AUGUCUUAAAUUCAAAUCGGCAAUAGGGUAGCAAUUAACUCCUUCAAGUUCAAGGGACAAGAAGGAGUAGUCAAAUUCUAUGGAGAAGUUGAGGACAAAAUCGGUAUCUGGGUCGGUGUAGAACUUGAUGUAAUUUUAACAUUUCUUUAAUGUUAUUAGUAACCUAAAGGAGAUAUGGAUGGCUCAGUGAAUGGCAUGAUGCUCUUUGAAUGCAGACCUGGUCAUGGACUACUACUGAGGUCAACUCAAGUAAAAGUCAUAGCAGCUCAAGUAGAUGUGCCAAAGUUAAAUAUCGCAACAAAUAAUAAUGUGAGCGAUUCUCCAUUGCUAACUCCAAAAGACCCGCCAGUAAGGUAGAUGGGAGGAGUGCUUGCACAAGCUGUCAAGUAAGCUUCAUAAAACGAGAAUGCCAACUAAGAGGUCCAAAAUAAUGCUGGCGAUGCUGGGGAAAGUAAAACUUCAAGUUGGAAGGAUAGACUUGAGAAGCUCAGAAAGCAAAAGGAACUAAAGAAGCUUUAAGAUGAAGAAAUUAAGGCUCACGCAUCUCACAAUGAAGAAUAGAAAAAGGAACAAGAAGAAAUCAAGAAAGUUUUUGAGCCAGCACCUGGCAUUUAGCGAGAUAAAGAUGGAAAACUUGCUGUCAAGUAGUAAGAGGUAGUCAGGCAGUCACUAAGACCUGGAUUGAGGCAAUAAGAGCCAUAGCCAAUGGAAACUGUACAGCAUCAAUCUUCAACUGAGCAAUAAGUAGCGCCUGAGAAAACAGAAGAAAAAAAGGCUACUGGACUGGCUUCCAGACUAGGUGCAGGCAUGAAGCAGACUGCUGCUCAAUCGAGAAUUCAGGGUAGAACGAGUGUAAAUCCUGCGAAUACAGCUGGCAAAACUUCUACAGUUUAGGCUACUGAUGCUGCAAAAGAAAAAAUUAUGAAGAAAAAUGAAGAGGUUAGAGCCAAGCUUGAAAGCAGGUAGUCAGAAGUAAAAACAGGUCCAGCUGGUACUGCUGCCUCUCGAGUUGCCUAGUCAAGACUAGGUGCAGCAGCUUAGUAAUAAAAUGCUCAAGACAAGACAAAAUCAGAGCCAUAACCAAAAGUUGAUCCAUCUGCUGCCCUCAGAGCGGGAGUCAAGAGAACCGUUGGUCAGACUGCUGAAACCAGAACUUCAACUGUUUCCUCCUAGAAUAGACCACUUACAGCAAGACAAUAAAAAGCUGAGGAGGACAAGAAGUAAUCAGACACCACACCAGCUUAAAAGACAACAGGAGCAACAUCCUCACGACAAUCAAAUGUUAGAGGGACUGCUUCAAUCGAAAGAUAGCAAGUCAGAAAUAAAGUAGGCCUCCCAAAGACACAAUCAAUAGAAGAUCCAAACUUCUUGAGAUAGAGUAUUAUCGAAGAAGAGGAAGAACCUGGAACCCGCAGACCAAACAUUUCAAGAACUAUCAUUAGUCAUGCAUUGUAGAGAGGCAAUUCAAUUGUUAAGCAGAGUGAACCAAGCCAGUAAACUUAGGCUUUUGCAGGAGCAGGCAGUGUAUCUCAAGUGGAGUUCAAAAAGUAAGAAGCUGAACUUAGAAAGAAAAAAGAAGAAGCAUUUGCCCUUCAAAUAGAGGUUAAAGAAUUGUCUGAGAAGAUAAACGAGAUGCAGCUUGAUAAUGUAUCGCGUAUUGAGAUGAUUAAAACAGAAUACGAGAUAAAAAUCUUAGAAUUGGAGUAGAAAUUGAAUGAAACCUAACUCAUGCAACCAUCAGUUGUCACUGUUGAGACUCCUACUUAAAACAAUGAAUAGACUUUAUUGCUUCAACAUUAAAUAGAGGAAUAAAAGGCCGCUUACAGAGCUGAGAUUGAUAAACUGGCUCAUGAGAGAGAUGAAGCAAUCAAGAAAGUGCAUGAACAAGCUGACUUACUUAAAGCAGCUGAAGUUGAAAAAAUUAGACUACAAGAAGAGGUCGAGGCUAGACAACUCGAUAUUGAGACUAUCCAGCUAGAAAUAGAUGCAUUGAAGGACGAAAGAGAAGAACUUAUAAGCCAGAUCAAGAUGUCAAGCGAGAUCAAUGACUAGGCUUCACUCGCUGGACUCACUGAGGAUGAGUUAAAGAGUCAAAAUACUAAGCUUAGACAAGCAAUCUCAGCCUUAACUAUGGGAUUUGAGGUAGAGAAGUCAAAGAUGCAGAGCAAAAUUCAUGAUCUUGAGAAAAGAGCAGCUUUAGUUGAUGAUUAUGAGAAAAAGCUUGAAGAUAUGGAUCUGCUUAUUGAAGAAGUGGAGAUUAAGGACUAGGAAAUCAAAGCAAUGGAGGAGAAAAUAGAUGAGGGUGCAGAGUAUGAAAAGAUGGUAGAAGAAAUGGCUGAAGAGAUUCUUAAGAAGGAAGAGGAAAAUGAACAACUUAUUGAAAGAAUUAAUGAACUAGAGGAGAUGAAUGGUGUGCAAGAAGAGCUCAAUGAGAACCAAGAGAAUUACGUGAAGGAGCUUAACCAGGAUAUCGCUGGCAAAGAUGCUGAAAUUUUCAACCUAGAGUAAAAUGUGACUCAACUUGAAGAGAUGGUUCUAGAACAGGACUAAAAGAUUUAAAAGUACAAGGACAAGUGCAAUGAACUCACUCAAAAAUCUAAGAUGCUGCAAGAAGAGUUGCAAUCUGCUUAUUCAGCAGGAGAUCAAAAGGUUAAGAUCUCAACUCUGAUUGAGAAGCAGAACCAGCUUAUCACUAAACUCAGAGAUGCUGGCAAAAAAGACAUGGAGACUAUGGUCCAAAAGAUUGAGUUCUGGCAAGAAAAACUCAAGAUGAGAGUUAUCGAGGGAUUUGUGCCCAAGAGACUAGUAGAGGAGUCUAGACUUGACUCUCUUGAGAAGAUUCAAAUGCUUAACAAGACCAAGAACAAGGCAUUGCUGCUGACCAGAGAGAUCUGCGAAAAGCAAAUACUCUAGUCUGAGCAGAACUUUGAUGAUAAGUUGCAAUGGGCAAUUUACCUUAAGCUGCUGAUUAACAUCUCUGAAUACUGCAUAAGAUUCAUUGACUCCUGCGGAAGAAUUAUGUAUAUUGUGCAGAAAAUGUCUAUUGAAAAGUAUCAAGAGUUGACUAAACUCAUGGCAUGGAAUAAGUUUGAGUUGAUCAACACUUUCCUUGAUAGAGUUAUGGAACUUCUGAAGGAUGAAGCUCUUUCAUAUAAGUUUGACAUUUCUCCAUUCAUUCAAUGUGUUAAGUCAGUAACAGAUCUGCAAUAUACUUCAGAGUCAAGGUACAUUGAAAAGAGUACUGAUGAGCUUGCUUAAGAGAGAGCUUCAGGGCAGGUGACCUCAAACUUGAGUGUUUCACAGCAAGAGAGACAAAAGGAUUUGAAGUAUGUGCCAAAGCUCUCGCUCAGAAAUGAGUGCUUGAAGAUGGGACUUGGCAUAAUUGCUCUUUCAGCUUUCAACUAGAAUAACAAGAUGGAGGAGACUCAGACUAAGUGCAAGCUUAUCUAUUGGAGAAUUCUUGAGAUCAUCUUUAGAAUAGACAGCAUUGAGUUGAUGGAGAAUGGCUCAGAAUUCUUGAACAUGUAGGAGCUGGGCACGGACAACAGACUAGACUAGAAAUACAGUUCUAUCAGAGUCAUGUGGGAAAGAGAUCCACAGUCUUAAGUUGAACCACAAGAGAGAGACUGGAGUUCAAUUCUCGAAGCAAUAGAAAGAGACAUUACUCAGCUAAACAACGACUACAAAUUCAAGAAACUUGCUAGCAAAAUUGAUCAGGAGUAUCACAACUCUCAGAUUGUUAUCAACGACAUUUAUGCUAAGGGAUGGGAUGCUAAAGGUCCAUGGACAUUGAUAGUCGACAAAAUCAGAUAAGACCUUGAAGAUACAGGAGCCAUGAAGGAAAAGAUUGAAAGUUUGUAAGAGAAAGUAAAGGAUUAAGCUAUGUAAUUCCUAAUGCUGAAGAGAGAAAAAGACGACCUUUCAGUUGUUAACCAAUCUCUAGAACAGAGACUUGGAGAUGCAUAGUCCAAGGCUGAAAAGGUUCCAGCUCUUGAGAUGGAGAAAAAGAGACUUAUUGAAAAGGAAUCUUAUUACUCACAGCAGAUUGAAAUGGCAAAGAAAGAAAUUGAGAACUUGAGAGAAAAGGAAAAAGAUCUUCAAGGCAAACUCGCCGACUUUGAGAAUAAUCCAGUUCUAGCUCGUGAGCUAAACAGAUCAAGUACCAAGAGAAUGGUGAUGCAGUCAACUACAAACGCUCAAACCAGACAAUCAAGGACCAGUCAGUACUUCUAAAAAUUAGCCUAGUCUUCAUUGCUCGGACACAAGAGAGAAUCAAUGACUCCAUUGGCUAGACAGUCAACCUCUGUUACUAGUAAUGAACUUCAGAAAUAACUUUAAAUCUCUGAGGAGGCAUUCACAAAUGUCAUUGUAGAACUCUAAAAAGACAGAAUGCAACUCAAAGGUCAGCAUUUACUCGAAAGACUUCACAAGCUUGAAAAGACUGAGGGACCAAUGAAUGAGUAUAUCAAGCUUUAAAGAGAAAAGAGAGAUAUUGGGGCCAAGAUUUCAAGACAAGACCAAAUAAAUCUUGAAUAAGCUCUUGAUAAUGUGAUGUAUUUGAAGAAGAAAAUGAAGAAAGAAAUGGCUUUGAUUAAGGUCAUUGAUAUCACUAAGAGAGAGGAACAACAACUAGAAAGUGAGAAGCAGCUCAAGAAUGAGAUUAUUCAUGAGGGCAUGGAGAAGGUCAACUAUGAGUUCCUCAAAGCUAAGGAUCAGGUUAAUGAAGCCUUCAAGGUGCUCUUUGGAAAAGAUAGCAGACUUCAUCAGAUAUAAUCCUUCAAGGAGAGACAGGUCUAGAACCUCGAGAAUACUCACAACAUCUUGAAACUAGGAACUCUCAGACUAAGUGGAGCUCCUAUUAAGAGUGUGAUAAGUCUUAUUCCAACUGAGGUGAAAGAUCUCAAUCAGCACAUCAACAUGUUCAACUAAAUCUGA